CGUGGAAGCGGCAGCACAAUCGUCCAUAAAUGAAUAACAGACAGGAAGACAUGGAGAUUGCCUCCCACUACCGCCACCUUCUUCAAGAGCUCAACGAACAGAGGCAGCACGGCAUCCUCUGCGACGUGUGCGUCAUCGUGGAGGGGAAGAUCUUCAAGGCUCACAAGAACGUCCUCCUCGGGAGCAGCCGCUACUUCAAGACGCUGUACUGCCAGGUGCAGAAGACGUCCGACCAGGCCACGGUCACUCACUUGGACAUCGUAACGGCGCAGGGCUUCAAAGCGAUCAUCGACUUCAUGUACUCAGCGCACCUCGCGCUGACCAGCAGGAACGUGAUCGAGGUGAUGUCGGCCGCCAGCUAUCUCCAGAUGACCGACAUCGUGCAGGCGUGCCACAGCUUCAUCAAGGCCGCUCUCAACAUAAGCAUAAAGUCCGACGCGUCGGACGAUCUCAUCGACUACGAACUCGCGGCCGCUUCCGGCAGCAGCGCCGACGCUUUGAUUUCGGCCGUGGUGGCCGGUCGGAGCCUAUCUCCCUGGCUGGCCCGGCGGACGAGUCCAGCCAACUCCUCUGGCGAUUCGGCCAUCGCUAGCUGUCACGAAGGGGGAAGCGCAUACGGGAAAGAGGAUCAAGAGCCCAAAACAGAUAAUCACGAAGAUAUGCCGUCCCAGUCCCUCUGGCCCAGCGAUAUCGGCUAUAGCUCCUUGCAUAUCAAGGAAGAGCAGAUCUCCCCAUCUCACUAUGGAGGGAAUGAGUCUGCCAAGGACAGUGGAAUACAGAACUCUUUCUCUGAACAAGGUGCGACAGAUGGAUGGCAGCCCACGGGGCGCCGGAAGAAUAGGAAAAAUAAGGAUACUGUGCGGCAUAUUACGCCGCAACCGGGGACUGACGACAGGGCCAGCUCUCCAGUGCCGUCUUUCCUUUCUGCCUCAGGGUGGCCGUUCAAUAGUCGAGAAGCAA